AAAAUGGUCAGUUGAAAAAUAAUUGUCAAUAUCCAAAAACCAAUUCACUAAUGUUUUGUGUUUUUUUCUUUUUCUUUUUUAAAUCUAACCAGAUCUGAUUGGUAGAGGCCAUUAAUUUGAUUCAGGAAGGGACACAGAAUAUUGUCAUCCCACUUGACACUGUGACCAGAAAUUGGAAAAAGAAGCUCCUACACAGAUCUUGCUCUGAUUUAACCCUCCAUAACAAUCAAGAAUUCUGCUGGCUAAACUCAAGAGGACAUAAUUCUGUUGGCUAACUCGAGGACAUAGUCCGUUACCUUCUCAAUUCCAUCACCCACUUCUGCCCCACCUCCCUCAACCCAAUCUAUAUGAACUCGGCAUUAUUAACACUGAAGUCUUCACCGUCCACUACCAUGCUCCUGCAUCCUCGACGUUGCCUUUGCUUUCUCAAUCCCUCGUGACACAAGCCUCUGUUGCUGUUGCGGCCCUCAUGACGCUCUCAGUUGGUGAGUUGAUAGUGUAUAUGGACUGGGGUGGACAACCAGAGGACCUAGCACAGCUGAUUAAGGAGAGAUUGCUGGAGAGGAAUUUGAAGCUGGAGAGGAAUUUGAAGCCUGCUUUGGAGUUGAUGGAGGAAGACUCGGGGAUUUCAUCAUCUUCACUGGAUGAAGAGGUUUGCCUCGGGAAGACUGGGAGAUUGAGGAGGAGUUCAAGGGUAAAUGUGUGCUACCCAUGGAGCUCGUUGGUGGUAGUCAUGAUCCAGGCACCAUCACACCGAGCAAAUUAUGUGUGGGCUGUUGAAGAGGAUGGCCCAUUAGCUGGGAUUGUUACCUUUGCCAGGAUGAUGAGGAUUUUCCAGAACAUAUGAAGCCUAUUGGCUUCGUGUGGUAGAGAAAGAUUCAGACUUCAGACAAUGAAAUUGAGAAUUCAAC